AUGCUGGAGAGGGAGCGUCUGCAAGAGAAGGAGCGGAAUCCAGGCCUUUUGGGUCGACUUCUCCGCAAGGUGGAUGGCUGCGAUGUGCGCUUUAUCUUUGACGGAAAGAUGGAUGAGAGCAUGGUGACGGUGGACGACCCCUACGAGCGUAAAAGCGAGCGGCUACAUUUGUUCUCCGAUAACGAGCCGGUGUGCGGUCGUGUGGUGCUCACACCGAAGGGGGCAUACCGCCACAACGGUGUCCUUCUGGAGUUAGUGGGGGUCAUCGCAACCUUCGAGGAGAGUGAGGAAAAAGUUGAAUUUAUGCGGCAGGAUAAACUUUUUGAACCCGAUACAUUUCGCUCGGUGACAUCGUUGGAGUUUAACUUUGCUGCGCCACGGGAGUACGAGUCGUACCGCGGUAUGAAUGCCCGUGUGUCGUAUUACGUACGUGUCACCAUUUACCGCCCCGUCAAAAACAUCACAGAGUUGGUGGAGGUGUGGGUGAGUAAAGUGGAUGCACACAUGAGUGAGACCCAACCAGACGCCUCACGACACCGUAGUUAUUUCCGCGAAACGGUAUUUGGCCCGCAAUCGAUAUCGAUGGACGUGGGCGUUGAGAACUUUCUACACAUUGAGUUUAAGUAUGACAAGAAGAUCUUUCACCUCCAGGAACGUGUAUUAGGGAAAGUGACAUUUAAAAUAGCUGACAUGGAUAUUAAAUACGGUGAGGUGGGAGUUGUACGGAAAGAAUUUAUUGGCCCUGGCAACGCUACAGACAUCAUGCAAAGUGAAACCCUGCAGAAGUUUGAAAUCAUGGACGGCACACCGAUUGUGGGGGAGGUGGUGCCGAUACGCCUGUACCUCCGCUCUAUCCCUCACCUCACCCCAACAUACCCCAAUGUGCAUAACUGCUUUCGAGUACUGUACUUUUUGAACUUGGUGCUCAUCACAGGGGAAGGCCGGCGGUACUUUAAGCAGCAGGAGAUUACAUUAUAUCGUAGACACGGGCAGGAGGCACCCACCGGUGCUGCCACGGAAUCACCCUGA